UGAAAAUUCGCGCUCAUAAUCCGCGACAAGCGGCGGUCGUAAUUAUCGGAGUCCGAUGCAUUAUGGGCUCGUGCAAAAAAAAAAAGACAAAACAAACAAACCGCCGCCUGAUGUGUAAAGGCGACUAAUAUCUUUUGCACUUACCACGAUUUCGCCGCCUAGGUUCGUUAAUUCUGUCGCGAGAAAUCGGUAUUUCCUGUUUCGAUAGGGGUGGGCGAGCACGUGUUGCGAAUAGGAUGCGUCAGUGAGGUGGGGGCCCGCUGCACUCGUCGUUGAAAAACCCUCGGGUGGCACAAAUGCAUCCCAUUACUUCGUGGAAAGUUGAAGGUAACGAAAGCACCGCGAAUCGAAGAGAAAGUAUUAAUAUUCUGCUCGAUUUAACGACCCGAGCAAAAUAUGAGGGCUCUUCCGAGUGAUUCGACCAUCCUGCUUCUUCUACCCCUCGCGUUAUUCUUCGUGCGUGUCAUCGGCGACAGCGAUGCGAGAACAUCCACGAAGUUUAAUAAUCUAAUUUUCAAUGGCCAGAAACCACAACUUGUCUCGUUUAACAGUAAAGAAGGAGAUAUCGAAAUCAAUUGGGACGUAUCGGUACCUUUCUUCAGGAUACCGUUGAGUCAUAUGAACAAACAUAACGAGAUAUCACCGCUGAUUGAUGUUAAUACGAAAGGAUUGUCGGUCGCUGGCAUAUUGACAGCCAUUCUCACCUUAGCUGUGCCCGUCUUGUCGAAGCCAGGUCCUGGAACGCAUUAUCGAAGUUCUGAUUCGCAAUGGUCUCGAAUGGGAAAUACGAUAAACGAGAUCAUGCUCGGCAAUAAUUACAUCACACCCUGUGUACAGCGUAUCAUCUGUUCCAUCGUUUCCGAAGCGAGUCAUUCCAACAAUCCUACGAGUACUGACAAGAUCAUCGAUGGCUUAUCAAGUCACGAGUGGUUUAAGGAAUUUACAAACGGCACAGUCCUUCAGGAAGCUAUAAGGAUAGGACGAGAAAAACAUCACGACUGCGGACGUAUUUAUAAAGAAUGCUUUGUGACACCGCGAAUCCUUAAAAGCAUAAUGAUGCAAUUCGGCGCAUUCUGA